GUUGAGUCUUAUAUUGUUACAAGCUUUUUAACAUAACAGUUAACAAAAAUUAAUCGAACAGAAAUGAAAUCAACUUUUUGCUGUCUUGCGUUGUUAGUCGUUUAUUUGGCUGUAAUCGUAACCGCACAAAAAUCCUAUACAAAUAAAUUUGAUACUGUCGAUGUUGAUAGUGUGUUAUCGAAUGAUCGCAUAUUAACUAAUUAUAUAAGAUGUUUGAUGGAGAAAGGUCCCUGCACGCCGGAGGGACGUGAAUUGAAAAAGCUUCUACCGGAUGCCUUGAAAUCGGAGUGUACGAAAUGUACCGAUGUGCAAAAGAAGAACUCGCAAAAGGUCAUCAACUUCUUGCGUGCGAAUCGUCCGGGUGAAUGGAAGCUAUUAUUAAAUAAAUACGAUCCUUCCGGUGACUACAGAGCCAAAUAUGAAAAACAAGCUUAGACGAAUAAUUUGUACACAUUAUAUUCUCUUUAUAAAUAUUAUCGGAAUUUUUCGUGACUUUUUUACUUUAUUGGUAAAGAUUGAAUUAAAUAAAAAAUAUUAGAUAUUGUGAUCUUAUUACAGUUCUAUUCAUAUUUUGUAUAUGUAUUUGUAUAAUAAUAAUGAAAAAAAAAUACCACCUAAAUUACUAACGAGCAACGAACAAGAACAACAAUAAUUGUAACAAAGAAUUAUAAUAAAGAACUUUUUUUUAAUACCUAA